AUGAACGAGGAUCAAGUUGAAGAGAAUAUCGGAUUUUCUGAAUCUAGAGUUUCUACCAAUGAUUCUAAUGAGGACAACGAAAUUUAUGGUUAAGAAUCAGAUUUUAAUCAAGCAACUGAGCGAUCCUAAGUCUACGAUGAAAACGAUUUAGAAUUGAAUACUCUUAAUUAAAGAGAAUAGGAGGAUGAGGAUAGCUCAGUGCCUUCAGAAGAAUUUCGGCAAUUACAAAUGUUAGUUCUUCCACAAAGAAAAACUAAUGCAUCAGAGUCAAUCUACAAAGGUCUCAACUGUUGCUUAAGUAUCGUUACCAAAGGCUCCUAUUACUUUGCUCUUCUAGUUUAUCAUUUAUUCACCACGUUAAUUAUAGUAACUUUCACUUUUUUAUCUAAAUUUACUUUAGCUCACUCAAGCAUUGUUGUUCUCAACAAUAACAUUACUUUUUGCAUUUAAUAUCCUUACAAUCUUUUGAGCAUGCUCUUUCUCAUUAUCAAGAUAUGUCUGCAGCAAUUAUUCCCGGAAUCAAGAGAGUUAAGAGAACUGUUUGACUUAAAUAACUAGCCACGAAGACUCUCACAUUAUCAUCAGAGAAGAAAUUAGCAAAGGAGAUAGUAGUAUCCUAUCAUCAAUCUGAAUAGAAGAAUUGAAAGAGAAUAAUAAGAUAGGGAAUAAUGCUUGGUGAGAUUAAGAAGGAUGAGUCCGAUAGAUGAAACUGAUUCAUCUCAGAGAUUAGCCACUGAAGGCAAUGAAAGCUUGUCUCCAAGCCCUAUCUUCAGAGUCAACAGAAAUUUUUCAUCCAGAAGAAGACGUGACUAUAUUAGAUCUGAAAUAUUGAGAAUUUUAACUUCAUCGAAUUUCCACCCACACAGAGGAUCGCAAGAUGCAUAUAUCCUUAGAAAUUUGCACUUACUUUAAAUGGCAUCAGUGGGUAGAGAUUUUAGCGAAAGAGACUAUGAGAUGUUAACCUCUCUUGAUAACACUAAUUUUAACAGAGGCUCGUCUCAUAAAAUUUAGCUUUUAAUCUCUCAACUCCCCACCUAUGUUUAUAAAGCUAAAUUUAGCCCUUCAAAAUCGAGAGAUCAGGAUGAGCCAUGCUAAACUGAAAAUUUUACGACCUGUGCAGGCUAGGAUUAAACUGAGGAUGACUCAAUUAGCAACAAAAAUUAGUGCACGAUUUGCAUCGAAAACUUCGUUGAUGAGGAGGUGAUCAAGAUUUUGCCCUGCUUCCAUCAGUUUCACAAUUCUUGCAUCGAUGAUUGGCUGCUUAGAAAGACACUUUGCCCUGUUUGCAAAUUUGACAUUAAGACCUAAAACGAUCAGUCUUAUGAGUAUGAAUGA